AUUCCCCAUCUUGUGGGAGCUGAGCUAAGACUAUAUAUAGUAAUCAAAGGUAGCUAGCAUUCCUAGCAAUAUAAUGGCUUCAACUACCUUUCCAACUUCAUGCACCACCACCAUCUUCCCUUCCAAAAACUCUUCAUCUCUUCCCCAUUUCCUACACAAACCCAUCAAAACCCCACUAGUCUUUAAUGUCAACACAAAACCCCCCACCAAACUACCCCCAUGCAGAGCCUCCGACUCCUCCGAUCAAAACCCGGGCCCGCAGACCCCAACCCCGAGGGUCGACCGGAGAAACGUCCUCCUCGGGCUUGGAGGUCUGUACGGCGCAUAUAAUUACACAACUUAUAACAACAACAGUAACGCGGUGGCGAGCCCGGUCCCGCCGCCGGACGUUUCCAAGUGCGGGCCCGCCACCAUCACCAACACCACCGACAAGGUGCCGUACUCGUGCUGCCCGCCGCCGUUCUCCGGCGACGCCGUCGACUACGAGCUCCCGAGCUUCUCCCGCCUGAACGUCCGCCCGGCGGCGCACGCCGUGCAGGAGGAGCAGCUGGAGAAGUACAAGACGGCGGUCCGGAGGAUGAGGGAGCUCCCGGACGACGAUCCCCGGAGUUUCUACCAGCAGGCUAACGUCCACUGCGCUUACUGUAACGGCGCUUAUAAACUUGCCGGCGGCGGCGGCCAGGACUACCAGAUCCACUUCUCAUGGCUGUUCUUCCCGUUUCACAGAUGGUACUUGUACUUUCACGAGAGGAUAUUGCAAUCGCUGAUCGGAGACCCGACUUUCACGAUCCCGUACUGGAACUGGGACAACCCGCAGGGCAUGUUCCUGCCGGAGAUCUUCGACGAGACGGGGUCCCCGCUGUACGACGAGGUCCGCAACCAGGGGCACCGCCGCAACGGCUUCUUGUUGGACCUAGCUUACUCUGCGGGGGAAGUAGUCCUAGAUGCCAGUGAGAGCCAAAUCCUGAGGAACAACCUCGCCGUCAUGUACCGGCAAAUGGUGACCAACGCCCCCUGCCCGUCGCUCUUCUUCGGAAACGCCCUCCGCGGGGAGGGUUACGACACCAGCUCCGGAGGGGGUACCAUCGAGAGCGUCCCGCACAACACGAUCCACCGAUGGGUGGGCGACCCGAGGACGGCUCACAACGAGGACAUGGGCAACUUCUACUCCGCAGCGUUGGACCCCAUCUUCUACUCCCACCACUGGAACGUGGACCGCAUGUGGGCCCUCUGGAAGACUUUAGGCGGGCGCCGAGACAUCACGGACUCGGACUGGCUCCAGUCCGAGUUCGUGUUUUACGACGAAAACAAGACCCUAGUCAAGGUCAAGGUUCAAGAUUGUCUCGAGCACGAGAGGCUCGGGUACACUUUCCAGACAAUGCCGGCGCCCUGGAGGGACUUCAGGCCGACCACGAGGAAGAGGGCGAGGGCGAAUCAGAGUAGUAGCAGAGUCCUGAUUCCCUUGGCCUCCAAAGUCCUGCCAGUGGCCCUGGACAGGACUAUCACCUUCAAGGUGAGGAGGCCGAGGGCAGGGAGGUCAAUGACUGAGAAGGAGGAACAGGAGGAGGUGCUCGGGUUGGGGUUGACUUACGACGAGACAAAGUCUAUCCGGUUUGACUUGUUCAUCAACGAGGACAACGGCUUGAAGGCGUUUGAGCUCGACCAAGCCGAGUACCUCGGGAGUUUCGCCAACCUGGCCCACAUUCACGAGCGCUCCGGCAGAGACAGCGACGACAACAAACCUAAGACGACGACGUUCAACCUCGCGAUCACGGAGGUGUUGGAGGACUUGGAGCUCGAGUUUGACGGGAGCAUCACCGUCACUCUGGUGCCGAAGCUCAACGGCGAUGACUUCAUCACCGUCACCAGCGCUGUCGUCUCACUUGUCGCUUGUUAAGUUACGUAUUUCCUUCCGUA